AUGGAUAAAUAAAAUAAAAAAGAUUAAAAUAAUGAUUUAUUGACAAUAAACUAACUUUUUUAGUAAGAAUAAAGUUCAAACUCAAACUAAAUAAACUCAUCUAUCUUCAUGAUUUCUGAUGUAACACUGAAUAGAAAAGUAAAAAGCUAAAUUCUUAGAAAAAAAUGUUAAAGCAAGUUAUUCUAAAUGGAUAUGUGCCAAGCUAUUAACUAAAAAGAUAUAAAUGAAAAAGUUAAAAUAUAAAAAAAUCUCACAUAAAGUUAUGAAUUUUAAUUACAAAAUAUACAAAAUGAAAUUGAUUAGUACAAUUUCUAAGAGUAUGAAAAGUAUAAAUAAAUUGACCAAGGAGUAAUGUAAUGGUAAGCAAAUAUAUUUAAUGAUAUUAAUGCAAAUCAAACAAGUGAGACAUUUUAAAAAAUUGAAGAUAUUUUCAUUGGAUAUUAAGAAGAAGGAUAGGAUAAAUACCAAGAUUAUGUUUUUGUUAUUAUGUUUAAUCCUACUCAUUCAGAAUUAUAAAAACAAUUUUAAGUAUAAAAAAGUGAAAUACUUGAUCGCUUAAUAGCGAAAAAUUAUUUCUUAUGCGAAUAUUUAAGUAAAGGAGGCGAAGGACUUAUAUUCCAUGGAUAUAGAUAAUCCAUCUAAGGAAAAUUAGACUUAGUUUUCAAAAUAUUAUUUGAGUAUGAUGAUGAAGAUCAAAUAUAAAUUAUGAAACUUUUAGAAAUUUAUAUAGUCAAAUUUGUUGAGUUUAUCAAAAUUAAUAAAAAUGUUCAUGUCUUAAUUUUAGAAAAAUGCCAAUUUAGUUUGUAAUAUGAGUUGUUCCAUUAACUUAAAACUAAAAAAGAUUUUCCAUUAGAGAAGCUAUUAAAAAUGAUUUUUAACUUACUAGAUGGGUUGAUAUAAUUUAGAAUUUAUAAUAUUUUACAUCUUGAUAUUAAACCUACAAAUAUCCUUUUUACAAAUUCUGGUAAAUAUGUUUAUACUGAUUUUGGAAUGUCUUCACUUAAAAAAAACAAUUAGCAAAUUAGCAUUAAAGGACUCACAAAAUCUUAUGCCUCACCUGAAUAGCUAAAUAAUGAUCUAAAUAUUGAUUAUUAGAGCGAUAUUUAUUCCUUAGGAAAGACUUUUGAAAUUAUUUUGAAAGUUUUUUAGUAAGUUUAAUAAUAAAAUUAUUUAGAAAUUAUUUCUUAAUUCAUAAGAAUUGUUGAUGAAAAAAUGAUUUUAGAAAAACCAACAUAAAGAUCAAACUGUCAUCAAAUAUUAAAUGAGUUUUUUUAAUAUAUUUUAAAAUAAAAUUAAUGUUAAUCUUUCUUAAAAUAAUACUUAGAUGAAAUGAAAGAAAUUUUAAAAUUAUAUCCUUAUGAUAAAAAUAAAGAAAUCCCUUAUUUUUUAGAAAUUUCUCUUUUUUACAAUUUAAAUAUUUUAGCUAUUUAGAAGGAAUUUAUAAAAAAAGAUAAUUAAAUUGAUAUUUAAAAAAUGAAAUAAGAUAUUGCAGUAUCAUUGGCUGAUGUUGGUAAAUGCUAUUAAAAUAUUGGUGUAAAUUAAAAAGCCUUAGAAUAUUAAUUAAAAUCCCUCUAAAUGAGAAAAUAAAUAUUCAAAGAAAACCACCUUGAAAUUUCAGUAUCUUUGAAAGAUGUUGGAGUUUGUUAUCAAAAUCUUGGUCUUUACAAAUAAGCCUUAAGAUAUUUACUAGAAUCUCUUUAAAUGCUAAAAUUAAAAUUUAAAUAUAAUUAUCCAUCAAUUUCUUCAGCUCUCAAUGAUAUUGGGCUUUGCUAUCAAAAUCUUGGUGAUAUCUAAAAAGCCUAAUAGUAUUAACUAAAAUCACUUUAAAAAAGUAAAUAAAUACUCAAAGAAAAUCAUCCUGAUUCUGCAAUCUAUCUUAGUAAUAUUGGAUUAUACUAUUAAAAUAUUGGCUUUUACCAAAAAGCCUUAGAAUAUUUACAAGAAUCUCUGUAAAUGACAAAAUAAAUUUACAAAGAAAAUCAUCCAUAAAUUGCAUAAUAAUUGAACAAUGUUGCUAGUUGCUAUUUUAAUUUUGAUAAUUACUAAAAGGCCUUAGAAUAUUUUUAACAAUCUCUUUUAAUGACAAAAUAAAUUUUUAAAGAAAAUCACCCAUUAAUUGCAUUAUAUCUAAAUAAUAUUGGCAGUAGUUACUUAAAUCUUAAUGAAAUUGAAAAAGCCUUAGGAUACUUAUUCGAAUCUCUUAAAAUAUACUAAUAAAUAUACAAAGAAAAACACCCUGGUAUUGCUAGUUGUUUGAAUAAUAUUGGUAUUUGCUAUCAAAUUUUAUGUGAUUAUAAAAAGGCCAUAGAAUAUUUUUAACAAUCUCUUUUAAUGACAAAAUAAAUAUUUAAAGAAAAUCACCCAUUAAUUGCAUUAUAUCUAAAUAAUAUUGGCAGUAGUUACUUAAAUCUUAAUGAAAGUGAAAAAGCCUUAGGAUACUUAUUGGAAUCUCUUAAAUUAUACUAAUAAAUAUACAAAGAAAAACACCCAGGUAUUGCUAGUUGUUUGAAUAAUAUUGGUAUUUGCUAUCAAACUCUGUAUGAUUAUAAAAACGCCUUAGAAUAUUCGUUGGAAUCUCUAAAAAUCUGGAAGUAAAUAUUUAAUAAAGAUCAUCCUAAUAUUCCUUCAUCACUGAUUAAUGUUGGUCUUUGCUUUUAUAAUUUUGGUGACAACUCUAAGGCUUUAGAUUAUUUAUUGGAAUCUCUUUAAAUGACAAAAUAACUUGACAAAGAAAAUCACCCUUAUAUUACUAAAUCACUUGAUAAAGUUGGCUUAUGUUAUAAAAACCUUGGUGAUUACAAAAAGGUCUUAGAAUUUAAAUUGGAAUCCUUUUAGAUAAGAAGAUAAAUGUUUAAAUAAAAUUAUCUUAUUAUUGCUUAAUCUCUAAAUAAUAUUGGAUUAUGCUACCUUAAUCUUGGUGAAAACAAAAUAGCCUUAGAAUAUUUAUUGGAAUCUAUUUAAAUCACAAAAUAAAUAUAAAACUAAAAUCAUUGA